UGCAAAACCUCACAAAGAGCUACGUCUUCAGUUCAAAUACCAGAGUCUGGAAAGAGACAACGUAUAUCUGAGCAACAAGGACCCAGAGUUAACAACGAGCCAUUUUUACCAUGAAGUUAUCUUUGGCUCUGGUUUUUGUAUUCAUCCUCCCCGUCAUCAGGGCUCAGGUCCCCCACUGGGGUCCGUGUCCAGACCCAGCUGUUCAACCUGCCUUCAACCUGAAACAGUUCAUGGGGAGAUGGUUUGAAAUUGCCAAACUGCCAGCCCAGUUUGAGAAGGGCCGAUGCAUUGAAACCAAUUUUACUUUGAAGACAGACAGCUCUAUUCGAGUGGUCAGCUCUGAAAUACUAAAAGGAGAACUGAGGAAAAUUGAAGGGACUGGUGUUAUAGAGGAUCUGAAGAAUCCAGCCAAGCUGGGAAUAAGUUAUUCCUACGUCCUUCCCUUCUCCCCCUACUGGAUCCUGUCCACUGACUACGUGAACUCAGCCCUUGUGUACUCUUGCACCGACAUCCUGAGGCUCUUCCAUGUUGACUUUGCCUGGAUCCUGGGCCGAACACGGACCCUGCCGGACUCCACCAUCCAGAAAGCCAUGGAGAUCUUUGCCAAAAACAACAUCGAUGUGAGCAGGAUGACUCCCAGCAAGCAGCAGGGCUGUGAGAAAAGUCUGUGAACAGGAAUAGAAAUGCAACACAAGAUGGUGCUGUUGUUGACAAAAGGGGAAAUGAUUUGAGUUUUUUUUUUUUUUUCCAGAAAAAUCUUUUACUAAUAUUUCACAGUGAUCGCAACCAGGAGGUCAAACAAUACAUUGUUGAACUGAGUUUUCUCAGCACACUAUAUCAAGUAGUUUGAUGUGAUGGUGUUUUAAGUAUAGCAGCAGAAAUUCAUAGUAAGUCAUAGUUUACCAUCCUUUUUACUUAACACUAAUUAUGGUAUUAUAAGCACAGAAGAAUACUGUCUUUGUCCUGUAGUUUUGCUGUAUUGACAAAUGUUUUGUUUGUGGUAUAUAGUAGUGGAAUUAUAUUGGAAUCAAAUGAUGCUAAAUAAUCUAUCACACAAACCAGCAACCAACAGGACCUAAUUAGGGUUAAUAAAGGACACAGACUUCAUGUGAUCUUUGUUGGGUCUGAAGCUUUUUUUUUUUUUUUUUAAAUGACAUCAGUGUGCAGUACAGGAGUCUUCAAUACACAUCUUUAUAGUCGGAAACAAAAACAAGUUUGAAAUGAUGAACGUAAAGAUGCUUCACAUCACCUGGGAAGCUAUCUGAACUACAGGCUACUACUGAAACUAUUAAAAUAGCCAAUAUUCUUAUAGAUUACUAUCAAAUAUUCCUUUUUAAGUUAUGCAACCAUGAUUUCCCCUUCAAUUUUAUCAUUAAGUUUCCAGUCAAGCCUUGCAUAUAUAUAACGUCUGAGCAGUUGAAUGUGUUACUAAACUGCAAGGCAGCAAUGGUGGAAGACAGACUAAGAUGUUUGAUUCAUUUAACUCCUUUAUAAAUGGUCAUUAGCUUCAUAUAUAAUAAUGUAUCACCAUUUUACAUAAUUUAUUUGGACAUUACAUUUUACAGUGUUGAAGAACCUGCAUACAGUAAUCAAAGCAGGAAAUGAAGUAGUGCAACA